CUUAUCCACAUGCACGCAUGUAAAUUAUGAAGAGAAGCCCAGGAACAGAAAGCUGAAGCAAUGGCCGUGUCCUCCACCAUUGCCACCGUCUACAUUUCAGCUAAAAACAUUCCAACCACUCAAGCACCAAAAAUUGGAUUCUCAAGUUUCAUUGCUUUUCCUGUGAAACCAUGUAGAUUCUUAAGCAUCAGAAGCUCCGGUGAUGUCUCGGCCGAGACCUCUAACACAGAGGUAGAUUCAGAUAGUUCCAUUGAAGUUCCACAAGAACCACCGUCUUUAAUUUCUGCUCUUAACGUGGACAAGGCUCUCCGCGGCUUACCAAUUACAGACGCAGAUCAUUAUGGUAGACUAGGUAUUCCAAGAGGAUGCCCCUUUGAUAAGGUGGCGGUUGCUUAUAAUAAGAAGGUUCAAGAAUUGAAGAGUCAAAAUUUAGAGGAAGAAGAACUCGGUCAAAAAUUAGAACUUCUCAAAGAAUCAUACACCAUUCUGUCUUCCGAAGAUGAAAGAAGAAUGUAUGACUGGAGCUUGGCCAGAACGGAAAAUAAAGACAAAUACGUUUGGCCAUAUGAGGUUGACAUAACACUAAUCCCCACAGGAGAUCCUCCACCUCGGGAACCUGAGGAUGUAGGACCAACGAGAGUAGUUGGAUACUUCAUAUUGGGAUGGAUAAUGCUCUCGUUUGUGUUAUCUAUUGCACUAAACUUGUAGAAAGAAGUGUACAUUUGUGAAACUUUUGUUCUCGAUCCAAAACAGAUACAUAAAGCUCCAGUAAAUGAAUAUUUAGAUUUAAUUUCAUGCAUCUAAAAUUAUAAUAAAGUCACUAAAAUAAAUAUU